AAGAAGAAGGCCUAAAGUAAGACCAAAGGGGAGGUUUAUAGGCUGUAGUCAGGGAGGAGUGUAAGGGAAAAGGAGGAUACAGAUAGAGGCGGAUUAUUCGCUGUGGCGACCCCUAGCAGAAAGGAAAAGAACAAGAAGAAGAAGAACAAGAGGAAGAAGAGGAAGAAGAAGUCUUGGGUGGAAUAAAUAGAACUUUGGACAAAACCUGUUUUUGUCCAAAGGAGCUUUAAACCCCCUCUUUGUGUCCCGCUAAAGCCUGAGCGCACCACGGUUCUCCGUUGUACCUGCGCUCAAUUAAGUAGACCCUUCAAGACGCAGUUGUGCGGGCUUCCCCAGGUUUCUUCAUCGGGAGGACUAACUGCUUGUCCAGCUGCUAACCUCUCGGCGUGAGCGGGGGCGGUUCGAGGACAGCAAACUCGCUUUCCGUGCGGAGCUAGCGUGGUAUCAAAUCAAACGGAGCAGCUUGUUUUCGAGGCGGCACGAUCAUGACGAACACCUCCAACUAUUGCGGACGUCGUAUCCCACUGCAGCACGUUAACAACAUUACCGGGAGCUAAGGGCACAUGGUCUGGGUUUUAACCGGACCGUCCCGACGCCUAAAAACUGUUGUUUCGAUGGAGUAAUCGCGUGCACGGAUGGGAUUACCUCAGCUAGCCGCUGCUAAUGACUGUGCUGGGUGACUAGCUUGUGGCUAACCGGUUGCGGUUAGCUAACUAAACCAGCUGGUUGACACUACCGAUCUGGUUUCUACCAGGUUCUGAACAUAACCAUGCCUCCCAGACCCUCCUCAGGAGAAUUAUGGGGGAUGCACUUGAUGCCCCCCAGCAUUGUGGUGGACUGCCUUUUGCCCAAUGGCAUGAUUCUGUCACUGGAGUGCCUCAGAGAAGCCACGCUCGUCACCGUCAAGCACGAGCUCUUCAAGGAGGCCAGGAAGUACCCGCUUUACCAUUUGCUCCAAGAAGAAAGCUCCUACAUCUUCGUCAGCGUCACCCAAGAGGCGGAGAGGGAGGAGUUUUACGACGAGACCAGGAGGUUAUGUGAUCUUAGGCUCUUCCAGGCCUUCCUCAAAGUUAUUGAGCCAGUGGGCAACAGAGAGGAGAAAAUUCUCAGCAGGGAAAUAGGUUUUGCUAUUGGAAUGCCUAUCUGUGAGUUUGAUUUGGUAAAAGACCCGGAAGUACAGGACUUCAGAAGGAACAUUUUAAACGUUUGCAAAGAAGCGGUGGACCUCAGAGACAAUAACGGCCCACAUAGCAGAGCUUUGUACGUCUACCCCCCAAACGUAGAAUCCUCGACAGACCUUCCCAGGCACAUCUAUAAUAAGCUAGAUAAAGGUCAAAUCAUUGUUGUCAUCUGGGUGAUUAUUUCACCCAGCAACGACAAACAGAAGUACACCUUGAAGAUCAGCCACGACUGUGUGCCGGAGCAGGUGAUCGCCGAAGCCAUCCGUAAGAAGACGCGGAGCAUGCUGCUGUCACAGGAACAGCUGAAGAUGUGCGUCCAGGAGUAUCAGGGAAAGUACAUCCUCAAAGUCUGUGGCUGUGACGAGUACCUGCUGGAGAAAUAUCCUCUGAGUCAGUACAAGUACGUGCGCAGUUGUAUCAUGCUGGGAAGGAUGCCCAACCUGAUGCUGAUGUCCAAAGACAGCCUGUACUCCCAGCUGCCCUCAGACAACUUCACCAUGCCGUCGUACGCAAGGCGCAUCUCGACGGCAACGUCCUACAUGAACGGGGAAACCUCUUCUAAGAAUCUUUGGACCAUCAACGGAAUGCUGAAGAUCCGGAUACUCUGCGCCACCUACGUCAAUGUAAACAUCAGAGAUAUCGACAAGAUCUAUGUCAGGACUGGAAUAUACCACGGUGGGGAGCAGUUGUGUGACAACGUCAACACCCUGCGUGUGCCCUGCUCAAACCCAAGGUGGAACGAGUGGCUGAGCUACGACAUGUACAUUCUAGAAAUCCCCAGAGCUGCUCGACUCUGCCUCUCUAUCUGCUCUGUGAAAGGAAGGAAGGGCGCCAAAGAGGAACAUUGUCCCUUAGCCUGGGGCAACAUCAACCUGUUUGACUACACCCACACGCUGGUAGCAGGGAAAAUGGCUCUCAACCUGUGGCCUGUCCCACAUGGCCUGGAGGACCUGCUCAACCCCAUCGGCGUCACAGGCUCCAACCCCAACAAGGAAACCCCGUGUCUGGAGCUGGAGUUUGAACAGUUCAGCUCUCCCGUCAAGUUUCCAGAUAUGGCGUACGUGGAGGAGCACGCCAACUGGAAUAUAUCCAGAGAGCUGGGUUUCAAUUACAGCCACACCGGCUUGAGUAACAGAUUGGCGCGCGACAACCCCCUGACCGACAACGACAACGAGCAGCUCCGGCAAGUGUGCAACAGAGACCCGCUGUCAGAAAUCACUGAGCAGGAGAAGGACUUCCUGUGGAGGCACAGGCAUUCCUGCAUCAAUAUACCCGAGAUCCUUCCCAAAAUCCUCCUGGCUGUGAAGUGGAACUCCAGGGAUGAAGUUGCUCAGAUGUAUUGCCUUCUGAAAGACUGGCCUGCAAUAAAGCCAGAACAAGCCAUGGAGCUGCUGGAUUGCAACUUCCCAGAUCCUAUGAUCAGAGAGUUUGCCGUCAAGUGCCUUGAGAAAUACCUGACUGAUGAUAAACUCUCUCAGUAUCUUAUUCAGCUGGUUCAGGUUUUAAAAUAUGAGCAGUACCUUGAUAACCCACUUGCACGUUUCCUGUUGAAAAAGGCUUUAACCAAUCAAAGGAUAGGACAUUUCUUCUUCUGGCAUUUAAAAUCAGAGAUGCACAACAAGACGGUGAGCCAGCGGUUCGGCCUGCUGCUGGAGUCCUACUGCCGGGCCUGUGGCAUGUACCUGAAGCACCUGAGCCGGCAGGUGGAGGCCAUGGAGAAGCUAAUCAAUCUCACCGACCUCCUCAAACAGGAGAAAAAAGAUGAGGCGCAGAAGGUUCAAAUGAAGUUUCUGGUUGAGCAGAUGAGGAGGCCCGACUACAUGGAUGCACUACAAAGCUUCACCUCACCUCUCAAUCCAGCACAUCAGCUGGGAAACCUGCGCCUGGAAGAGUGCAGGAUGAUGUCUUCGGCAAAGCGGCCUCUCUGGUUGAACUGGGAAAACCCGGACAUGAUGUCAGAACUGCUUUUUCAGAACAACGAGAUCAUUUUCAAAAAUGGAGACGAUCUGAGGCAGGACAUGCUGACGCUGCAGAUCAUUAGGAUAAUGGAGAACAUCUGGCAAAACCAGGGCCUUGAUCUCAGGAUGCUUCCGUACGGCUGCCUGUCCAUCGGGGACUGCGUGGGUUUAAUCGAGGUGGUGAGGAACUCUCACACCAUCAUGCAAAUCCAGUGCAAGGGAGGUCUAAAGGGGGCGCUGCAGUUCAACAGCCACACACUGCACCAGUGGAUCAAAGAUAAGAACAAGGGAGAGAUGUACGACCAGGCUAUUGAUCUCUUCACGCGGUCCUGUGCAGGCUACUGUGUGGCCACCUUCAUCCUCGGUAUAGGAGACAGACACAACAGCAAUAUCAUGGUCAAAGAAGAUGGACAGCUGUUUCACAUCGACUUUGGUCAUUUCCUGGACCACAAAAAGAAGAAGUUUGGCUACAAGAGAGAGCGCGUCCCGUUUGUGCUCACACAGGACUUCUUGAUUGUCAUCAGCAAAGGAACCCAGGAGUGCACCAAAACCAGGGAGUUUGAAAGGUUUCAGGAAAUGUGUUACAAAGCUUACUUGGCCAUCCGCCAGCACGCCAACCUCUUCAUCAACCUGUUCUCCAUGAUGCUGGGCUCCGGCAUGCCGGAGCUGCAGUCCUUCGACGACAUCGCGUACAUCAGGAAGACCCUGGCGCUGGACAAGUCCGAGCAGGAGGCGCUGGACUACUUCAUGAAGCAGAUGAACGACGCCCACCAUGGCGGCUGGACCACCAAGAUGGACUGGAUCUUCCACACAAUCCGCCAGCACGCUAUGAACUAAAGCAGCGUGGCGACAACUGCACUCUAGAAAAUUUUUUUUUUAAAAAGUAAAAAAAAAAAAUUGUCUGCCACCCCAAAAAGCCUCAAAAGGUCUGGAUUCAUUUAUGACUUUGAGAAAGAAAGAUGAAGCUAUACCUCAUAGGAACCUAACAAAAAGAAGUGGACCUCUACAGAUUAUUUUCUACUUUGAAAUAUUUCUCCAGUCAUGUUUUAACCUACUACUACAAGCUGUUUUGAAGAUGUGCAGACACUAAGCGCGAUGAAGGCAUCACAACACUCUAGUUACACAGCUAACCAAUAUAUUUAAGAACCCAGAGAAAACCCUACGUCUCCUCAGAAAACUGUCUUUUGUGCAGCUUCUCCCUCGUAUGCAUUCUGUUCCUACGUUUUCUACUGAGCCAAAGUGUAAUCUCAUUACUCUGCAGUCCCUUUGUUUAAAGAAGAAUCACUACAAUUCCAAGGCUUGUACUCGAGCACUGAUCUCUGCAGUAUUUUUUGUUUGUUUCAGUAUUAGUUUGUGUGCUCAGCUGAAGCCUCCAUCAUCCAUGGACGGCCCAGAGGAAACGCCUCUGAAGCCAGCUGGGAUUUUCUUUUUCAUUGCUUAAACAUCCCAAAAAAAAAACACGUGCGUAGUGUUUCUUUCGCUCUUUUUUGUUUUGUUUUUUUCCCCCACUGCCACACUAUGCAAGUCGUCGACUCCGACUGUGGGUGAAGUAGAGGUCGGAGUGCGGCCGGAGAAGAAUCUGUUCACGGACGAACCGGUCGAGGAACCUCUUCUAAACCAGCAAAAAGCAACUGUGAGGAAGCCCGUUUAGGACUUUGAACUUCUUACGAACUUUGUAGCUUCGACCCAAGCCAUGUGUCUAACUUUGAUCUGUCCUUUUCAGUCAGACCUGUGUCCUCAAUGUAAAAGGAAACUAACCCAAGUGAUGUUUUUCUUGACCUUCCGCACCAGAUCUAUGCCUUUCCUGUGGUGUUGCGAUCGCUGCACAGGUUCCUGUUCAGUAGGUCCACUUAGUCGAGACUUUAAAAAAAUGUUGUUUUUUUUGUGUCAAACGGGAGUUUUUCUGCUAAAAACCCUGGAAACUGAUCCCAUCAAAUGCUCCUGUGCAGGAUACAGAGCAGCGGGCAGGACCCCGACUGGAAAUCCACUCACCGAAAGGCGACAUUUUCCUUUGUUUUUUGUUGUGUUUGCUUCCUUUGUCACACUGAACUGAAGCAGGAACUCCUCAAGUCUUUCUGACAGUGUUUACUUGAAAAUCCUGUAAAGUAAGAAGAAGAAUUGCGUCUUUUGGAGGGGACAGAAGUUGUAAUGAAAGUUAAAGGUGCCGCUUCUAUUUGUGCAAAUGUUUUCCUUUGAAAAAAAAAAAGAAAAAAAAAGUGACAUUACAGAGGUAAUAUAUUUUUGUACUUUAAUGUAAACCUAUAUAUGUAUGAAAAACCAAAAAAGGAGGAAGCAUGCUGUGCCGUCGUACGGCGGUCCAGAGCAGCCGGCCUCCCAGCUGCCGCAGGUGGAAGUUCUCCAGGACUUUUCCGAGCGCUCGUGUGGAAGUCCGCAAGCACAAAACAUGAGUGGAGACCGCUCCACGUGGUUUCAAAAGCAGCAGCCUCAUCAUGUAUGUGUGUAUAUAUCGUAACACUACUUCAAAAUAACAUGUUUAACCAUUCUCAUACGUCCGUGUAUGCAUUCAUUUAUUCUGCUGUUGAAUAAAGACAUCUUCCCUUUUCAGA